CUGUGCAACCACCACUAGAAGCCACAGUCAUGGCGGAGCUCAAACUCUCAGAAAUGAGAGACCUAACCCGAAUAGAACGCAUCGGUGCACAUUCACACAUACGCGGCCUUGGUCUAGACUCUGCCCUCGAACCCCGCUCCAUAUCCGAAGGCAUGGUCGGCCAGACCUCAGCUAGAAAAGCCGCCGGCGUCAUCGUCCAGAUGGUGAAAGACGGUAAAAUCGCCGGUCGGGCGGUCCUCCUUGCCGGCCAGCCAGGCACCGGCAAGACAGCAAUCGCAAUGGGCAUGGCCAAGUCCCUAGGUCAAGAAACCCCAUUCGCAAUGCUCGCUGGGAGCGAACUCUUCUCUCUAGAAAUGUCGAAAACCGAAGCCCUAAUGCAGGCGUUUCGAAAGGCCAUCGGAGUUCGAAUCAAAGAAGAGAACGAAGUGAUCGAAGGCGAAGUUGUCGAAAUCCAAAUUGACCGUCCUGCGGUGGCUGGUGUGGCCUCCAAGACUGGGAGAUUGACCUUAAAAACGACGGAGAUGGAGACAGUGUACGAUUUGGGGGCGAAGAUGAUUGAGGCAUUGGGGAAAGAAAAAGUUCAGAGUGGGGAUGUUAUUGCCAUCGAUAAGGCCUCCGGGAAAAUCACGAAGCUCGGGAGGUCGUUUUCGCGGUCCAGAGAUUACGACGCCAUGGGGCCACAGACAAAGUUCGUUCAAUGUCCUGACGGAGAGUUGCAGAAGCGGAAAGAGGUUGUCCAUUGCGUUACUCUUCAUGAGAUUGAUGUUAUCAACAGCAGGUAUGGAUUUAUAUGCUUCAUUGAUGUUGAAGAAUGCACAUUUUUAGUGAUUGUGUCGCUUGAAUUCGCUUUUAGUACUACUGCAUAA